GAUAUCAUUUACAUUUCUUUGUGGAUCAAUGUAUUUGGGACUUGUCAUCUUAUCAUGAGGAUUAGAGUCUUGGGUCCAAACUCAUCUUGGGGUUGCAGAGAACUCAUAUAUCUGUGUUUCAUUCCAAAUUUUGUAGCCUGAUUCAAUUGAUACUAAAAAAUAUUUAUGCCUUCAUUCUUUUAACCCUUUUUAUUGAGGGUUACAUGUGAUUAUUUUCAUAAUUUUUUAUAGGAGCUUUUUAUUUUACUCAUAUAUAUCUAUUCUUGUAGAGGUUGGAGAGUGAUUUAAACAAUUGACAUGAACUGCUUAAUCCAAUGUGUAUUCUUGUAGAAGAGCUACUAUUGGUUUGAUUCUUCUUUUGCUUCUUGUUCUUGUUCAAUGGCAAAGUAUUAUUGUAGUAUUUGCAAAUUUUUUGAUGAUGAAAGGUAUGCACCUUAAUUUCUAUUGGAGCAACUUAAUCAUCAAUAUGUUCAGGUAUUAUACUAGUUUUAGCAUUCACGUGCUUGCAAUCAGAUUUUGAUUUUAAAUCUUUCAUUUAUAGUUGCAUCUUCAAUAUUAUUUUACCUUGAGGGAUAUUAUUGGACAUUUAGAUGAAAUUAUUCAUUUUAACUUGGCGUUAUUAUAUGCCUUUCUGAUUGAAAAAAAUUUAGACUUCAGAAGCAUGCCAUAUAUGUACUUGUUACCAUUUGUUUAACUUUCCCUUUGUAUGAUAGCAUAACAAAACACUUUUAGUACUUAGGCCAUUGUAGAAGUAGAACUGUUAAUUAGGCAAUUAUAAUUGUUGGUACUUAUUAUCACUUUCUCUUCUUUUCUGGAAGAGAAAUUAUUCUCACAUGAUUUUGACAUAUUAAUGCAAGUGCUUCAAACUUCGUAAGGUGCUAUUUUCAGACUUCUUGGAGUACUCCAAUGUGAUAUCGACCUCUCUCCUAAGAUACAUCCUGGCCAACAUGGAAGUUUAUUUAUUUAGUUUUUUCUUUUUCUUUUUUCAUGGAAUUACGCUAGAGACUAAAGUGUUUACUCUAUAACUCUUAUGGACUUGCUUGGGCAGUUCACUGCUUUGUUAGGCAAUUAUGCUAGAAAAUAUAGAAAUGAAUUAUCCAUGUCAAAGUCUUAUUAUUAGGUGAAUUUUAAGAAGCAUGGCACUAACUUUCUAGAAUGGAUAUGAAGGUGCAAGGGAAAGAUCAGCUAUACGUUAAAUUUGUUGCAGAGCAACUGGGCCUGGAUGGUUCAUAUGUUCCUCGUACUUAUAUUGAACAGAUUCAGCUGGAGAAACUUGCACUGCCAGAUGAUUUAAAGACAAAACUCAGCAUAGAUGAUGAUUUUGCUGCAAGCCCUAAAGAAGCUCUUUCCCGAGCAUCAGCAGAUAGAAGAAUGAAGCAUCUCGGCCGAGGUGUGUCACAAUCAUAUUCAAAUCAGAGAGACAAGACUAUGGCCAAGCUAACUAAACUGGCUGUUAACCACAGAAGGUUUGAUGGAAGGGCCCCAGAUUCACCUGCACCACUUUCAAACCAGGGAAUUAUAACUCAACUUUCUGAACAAAUUUCUACUCUAAACGAAAGGAUGGAUGAAUUUACAUCUCGCAUUGAAGAAUUGAACUCCAAAUUCUCUGUCCGGAAAGUCUCAGCCAGCCAACAAAACUUGGCUAUGCAGGCUGAAACAUGCAAUGGUUCGGGACCCACUUCUCUUUUUGUCACCGGAUUAAGUAAUGGUUCUUUGACUGGUUCACUCCUGCCCAAUUCUUCAUCUUCUUCUCAAUUGACUAAGGAGUCCCCACUGAUGGAAGAGUGUGGUGGAAAGAAUACAUAUACACUUGGUGAAAUUAAUGAAACUCGAAAUGAAUGGGCAGCCAAGCUUCUUGAGCAGAUGAGUCAUAGUUAGAGUAACUUUUGAAAUCAGAAUUAAAAAAUAUACUAAUUGUAGUAUUUAGUUAGUACUUACAUAGUUAUUCCAAGUGUAUAUUUUGAUAUUGUAAUUUUAGAUUUGGAACAUACUGAGUUCUAUUGAUUUUGUCUGCCUAUUGAUUAUGUCUGAACUAUGUUGUAAUUACACAGGAAAUUAUGAAUGAAUAUAGUGGUUGAAAAUAGAGAAAUGAAAAAAUUCUCAUAUUCUACA